AGAGACUACAUAGUAAAUACCUUACCAUUCUGGUUUCAGAAACUUUGAAACAAAAUGGACAUCUCAGACAUCCUCUUCAUCCUUCUCUUCCUGUUUCCUCAUUUGUAUGCACUAGCGUUAGGUGAGUGUCCAGCCUCCAUGUGUGGCAACACCGGCUUUCCUAUCCGAUUCCCUUUCGGGCUACAAGGCUAUCAACCGAAGAACUGUUCUUACCCAGGUUUCGACCUGACCUGCAACACACAGGGGACAACAGUCAUUAGUCUUCCAAACUCAGGAGAGUUUUUUGUUCGAGCAAUCGAUUAUGUGACACAGGAGAUUAAACUCUAUGAACCUAGUGGUUGCCUUCCCAGAAGGCUUCUGACCCUCGACCUGAAAGGCUCUCCUUUUGUUGCUUCUUUUUACCAGAACUACACCUUCCUCAGCUGCCCUGCUUCAUUCACAAAGUCAAAGUUCGCCCCCAUUGAUUGCCUGAGUAACUCGACAACAUCAGUCAUGGCAACUCCUUCCACCAGCCUUGCGAAUUCAAUGUCCGCGACGUGCAAGAUCAUUGCUACAAUGCCGGUUCCGGUUUCUGGGAUAGUUCGGACUGAGGAUGGAUUCUCAGUCAACUUUGAUUCAGAUCUUAGCUUGACAUGGUAUGAGCCUGGUUGUUCUCCUUGUGAAGGUCAAGGUGGGACUUGUGGCUUCGAGAGCAACACUAGCCAAGUACUUGGUUGCUUCUACAACUCUACAGGCAGAUCUUCCAACGGAUUCCAAGUUUUCAAGAUUAUUUGCGUCUCCAUCGUGGUACCGACCCUCACAAUGGCAGUUGGGAUAGCCUGCUUUGCUUGCCUCAAGGACAGGAGUCUUGAUCGCACUGCACAUCGGAACCCUGCAGUUGCAGCAUUGCCUGAACAAGAAUCCACAAUUGUAAUUCAUGGUCUGGAUCAGACCACCAUUGAAUCCUAUCAAAAGCUAGUACUUGGUGAGAGCCGGCGACUUCCAGGACCUAACGACACCACUUGUGCUAUAUGCUUAUCAGAGUAUCUCAUUAAAGACACAGUAAGAUGCAUCCCAGAGUGUAAACACUGCUUCCAUGCUGAAUGUGUUGAUGAGUGGCUCAAAUUGAACAGCACAUGUCCAGUUUGUCGAAACAACCCCUCCCCAGCUCAUGUCGACUCAAAUGGAGUCUGAUGUCUUUUAUGUAGUUAAACCCUUCCUACUGUAUAUACUGGUUAAAAUUUUGUCAGUCCUUAGCUAAGGUUUAGUAGAAUGUUCCCUCAGGUGUGUGGGUGUAUGGGUAUACUGAGGCUCAGGCUUAUUCUUGGUAUAUAUGGUCCACUUUAUUC